AUGCCAACACGGAGAAGUGUGUUGGAGGGCCAGGGCUUGAGCGAGAUGGACCCAUGGAAAGAUGAUCGCUGCCGUGAUUUUAUUGUUUUGAACACCAUUCAGAGGCUUCGUGCCUACCACCUCCCGCCGGAGGAUCCUAUGCCGCCCGUGGAGUUGAUCAACGAGGCUCGUUCACGAAAUUUACUUAUGCUACCGCGUGCAUGGCCGGAUUACCGGCCUUGUAUGGGAGAGUCUUGCCCUCUUUCCGAUGCCAACAAGGUAACCCCUGGUGAUAACUAUGUGGGUCGUGAAGGGGGCAGUGAGGAGGCCGAUUUAUUAUCCCCAAUGCCCGCAUUAGAAUCGCCAGGACCAUCCCCUCCCGUCGCUUCCUUCGACCAAUCUCUAUGUGGACUUGAUAAAGCUAAACUUCUCUUUUUCGGUCCGCAAGCCUUCACCUCAUCCACCUCGCCCCGUCAUCUUAUUUACACGCGGCACUCCCGCCAGACUCCAUCGUCGGCGCGUGAUACCCACGACGUUUCCAACGGGUUGUCGUGCGGGGAUCACGCGAGCGGCAACGUGAAAGGCACCACCGCCAGCGCGCAUCGCCAGGGGUUUCGUCAACCCAAUCAUGCCAAAGAGGCGGCCGAUCAACCACAAGCGGAUCUCGCCCGCAAGGAAAACGAUUUUGACGAUAUCGUACCGCGAAGUUUGAACGGUGAGCUGGAGGGCGCGCAAGAGGUUCCGCCGCCGGAGCGGCAAGCGACCCCCCGAACUACGGGUGUUGAAACGGAUGCUGAGGGGCUGAACGGGAUGUGUUCCCCCCCCCCUCCCCCCCCCUACGAACCCAGGGGAAGGGGGGAGAGAGGAGACGUCGAAGGCGACUGCCAUGCUGGCGGAUGCCACUGCCUCCACGCAGGGGGGGGGGAGGGGCCGAAAUCACAGGAUCGGGUAGCCAAGCGCGAUGUCGAUUUGGAGGGGAGGGGUCGUGAGGGAAAGCCCUCGCCGUCGACGCCGCCGCCUGGGGAAUCCCCGGUGCGGCAGCAGCAUCCGUGCGAGGUGGUGGAGGCCCUGAUCGCGUACUAUCAAUCCUUGCUCACCCGUGGUGUGGUUUUAGAUCGGCUUAACCACAAGGAACUCGCCUUUGCCUGGUGGGUGGUCGGGCGGGAUAUGUGGAUGAGUGUGCUGGACCGACCUGGGUUGCUCCGCCGCGAGGCCCUUCUCAUCACGCUGCGAAAUUUUUACUACAGCCUUCUCUCUUCGAACCGCAAACGCACCCAUCAGGGGGUCCGAGAAUCGGAUGAGCCUGGUGAAGCAAAUGGCGGGAUCAAAGGAGGGGGGAGCGGCGAAUUGAAGCAUAGAAAAACUCCCGAACCCAGCGAUGCCGGUCCCGAGAGGGCUGCUGGGGGUAGUGCGAGCAGGCGGCAAGUGGCCAAGAUGACCCCCUCCCCACUUUCCAAAGGGGUGGAGGAGGGGAGGACUGGGGGGGAUGGUCGCCAUCCUGACUUCCCAGAAGAGGCCCCCGCGCGGGAUGGCGAGAAAAAAAAAGAGAAGGCGAAAGAAAAGGAAAAGGAAAAGGAGGUAUUAAAGGAGAACAAAGAAGAGGAGGGGGGGGAUGGGGGGACGUCUCAGUCGCAGCGCCCCGCAAUGCGGCGGGCGCGGGCAGUUUUAAACAUCGUCGCGGCGAUGGAGCAGCCCUCACCUCGGCCGCGGAAAGCCGCCGUGAAGUUCUCCACCUCAAAUGAGGGGGUGGAGAAGAUCACCGCGCGAAAACGACCGCGCGCGGAUUUGGAAGGCAAGCAAGAGCAACAGCGUCCAACCGCCACCCCCCUCACCACUACCCCCACUACCACAGCAAUGGUGAUGCGUAAACGUGCGAACUCCACCAAACGCCCUGCAGUGGAAGCUGUGAUGGAUGUAGAGGUGCCUUCCCGAACUCUUGUAGUUGAUAAGGCGGAGGAAAAGGAGGGGGGGGAAGAAAAGGAAGUCGAAAAAGCGGAGAGGGAAAAGAAGCAGGGGGAGGGGGAGGUUGGGGGGAAGGCCGCCGAGGUCGUCCGUCCUCCCUUAGCUCCCCCUCCGCCGCCGCCGAGAAGGCGUCUGCCGGGGAUCGAUCGCCCUCCCCCAUCUUCUCCUUCUCAUUUUCUUUCCCUUACUCUUCCUCCUCCUCCGGCUUCUUCCUCUUCUUCUUCCCUUGCUUCGUUUUCGUUUCUCACCGCGGGGACUAACGGAGGGUUGGCGACGAUGGGGUUAUCAGCGAUGCAACUCGAGGUCGAGGCCCGCAUCGCGCGACGGAUUUCGCGCACGUCCUCGUCGUACGCAUUUCUCUUCGAGGAGGAGAGGAAGCGAGAGAGGGAGCGGGAAGGGAAAGAGAAGAAACUCAUAGAGGGAGGGGUAGAAUCUUUCGUGGAGGAGGUCUCCCCUCCUCCCCCUUUGGUGCAAGGGUCCUUCCCCCCUUUUGACGACCUCCCUUACGCGCAGCAAUGCCUGCUCGUUUGGGAGGCGGCGGGGCUCCUCCGCGCGCGGGAGGCGGCGGAAAAAGACGCGCGUCGUCGUCGUCGUCGACGACAACGGCAGCGGCAACAGUCUCCACCCGCGCCGCGGAUGACGACGCGUCGGAUGUCCGCGAUGGCCGCCUUGAGCGCGGAAAACAGCCGACAAUCGGCGACGGAGGCGACGGCGUCGUCGUCGUCGUCGUGGCGAUCUUCACGAAGCGCGUCGGAAGCCUCGGAGGGGGAGGGGGGGGAGAAAAAAACCACCCCCGUCGCCGCCUCACAUCCCAACGGCAACGGCUCCUCAACGGGGAGGGUGGGGUGGGAGCCAAGGCGGUAUCUCGAUUACUGGAACAAUUUCACCGGCUGA